AAUUUCAAUGGAUAGUAGGUGAAUGUUGAUUUAUUUAAGACUUUAUCAUUUCCACUGGUAGACGGAUUAUUCAGAGAGAGACAUGGAAGAGCAAGGACAGAGAGAUCGGCAGAUUGUUUUGGUUCCAUGUCCAUUCCAAGGCCACAUAAAUCCUAUGCUUAAUCUGGGCUCCAUCCUCCACUCCAAGGGCUUCUCCAUCACAAUUGCUCACACCCAAUUUAAUAGUCCUAAACCAUCUGAUAAUCCUGAUUUUGUCUUUUUACCCAUUUCAGAUGGCUUAUCCUAUUCCGAUCUCUCCUCCAAAGGGAUUGUAGAUUUCAUCUCAUGUCUUAAUAUCGACUGCAAAGAGCCGCUCCUGGAAUCAUUGACUCCGAUGAUAGAUGAAAAACAGCAACUUAAAGAGCUCCCCUGUAUCAUAUAUGAUGAAUACAUGUACUUUGCCGAACAAGUGGCUCAUCUUCUAAAGCUUCCAAGUGUUAUCCUGUCCACGGGCAGUGCUGCCAAUUUGUUAACAUACUAUGCUUUUCCUCCUCUGCAAAAUGACGGUUUCAUUCCCUUUCAAGACGAUAUGGCACUGGACAUGGUCCCUGAGCUUCAUCCCUUCAGAUUCAAGGAUCUUCCUUUCAGAUUCAAGGAUCUUCCUGGAGCGAGUUCUGAAAAUCUAGAUGCCUUAUCGAAGCUUAUAGCAAGUGCACGCGACACAAGAUCCUCGUCUGCCAUGAUUUUGAAUUCCAUGGAAUUCCUCGAACAAUCAUCACUGAUUCAGCUCAAGCAGCAAUGCCGCAUACCAGUAUUCUCAAUAGGCCCUUUGCACAAAACUGCUCCAGCUCCCUCCAGCAGCUUAGUGAAAGAGGAAGCAAGCUGCAUGGCAUGGCUUGACAAGCAAGCUCUUAACUCAGUUAUAUAUGUAAGUUUGGGAAGCAUAGUGUCCAUGGACGAGAAAGAGCUAACAGAAAUGGCUUGGGCCCUAGCCAACAGCAAGCAACCUUUCUUGUGGGUGCUUAAGCGUGGACCUCCCGGUUCGUUUCAUGUAUCAGAGUCUACUGAUUCGUUGCCUAAUGGUUUCAAAGAAACCAUUGGAAACAGAGGCUACAUAGUUAACUGGGCACCGCAAAGAGAGGUGUUAGCACACCGCGCUGUGGGAGGGUUUUGGAGUCAUUGUGGUUAGAAUUCAACGCUUGAAAGUAUAAGUGAAGGAAUCCCGAUGAUUUGUAGACCAUGUUUUGGGGAUCAAAGGGUAAACACGAGGUACAUUAGCCAUGUAUGGCGAGUUGGCUUUGAGUUGGAAAAUGAUUUGAGGAGAGAGGAAAUAGGAGGAGCUAUAAAAAGGCUAAUGACGGGAAAAGGAGGAGAAGAAAUGAGACAGAGGGCAGUAGAUAUGAAAGCAAAAGUUGAAUCUUGUAUUAAAAAAGGGGGAUCUUCUUAUAAUUCCUUUAACGAAUUGGUCGACGGGUUGUUCUCCUCUUAAACACAACUCCAAGAGUCCAGAAGAAACACUGGCCAGAGCAUUGAAUUUCAUCUUAGAUUUUCUGUUCAACGUAAUUUGAGUUAUCUUUCAUGGCUGUAUGUAUCCUCACUUUUCUUUAAAUGCAAUGGAUUUUUAAUCCCUUCUUU